AUGAAUUCUCUAAACAAGAUUACUAAAAAAUGUUAAAAAUGUAAAAGUUUUUAACCUUGUAAUAACGUAUGCCUUAAUCGUGAGUGCUUACAAGAAUACGGAGCUUUGAUUUGUUCUAAGUGCCAUUAAAAAUCUCAUAAAUUAGAUGUUGAUAAUAGUGUAUUAUUCGAUUAAUUAAUCUAAGAUUUCGAAUAAAUUUUUAGAGAAAAUAAUUUUAAUAAGAGUAAAAUUAGUAGUAUGGUAACCUCAAAUAUUACUAAAAUUGAUGAAUUAAUGAAACAAUUAUAAAAUAUGAAAGAUUAGUUGAUUUACUUAAAUUAAUGUUUAGACCAAUACAAUAGUAUAAACGCUAUUUUUAAUCAACUUAAAAACCAAAAAAAUUUUGAUAAUACGAAUAAACUCACAAAAUAACUGCUAAGAAGCUGUAUAUAUGACCUAAAAUCUUCACCAAAAAUAAAGUUCUUGCUUGAAAAAGAUGAAGAAAAAGAUUAUUUAAGCUAGUUAAAUUAAUUAGUUAAAUAAGCCUAAAUAAUAAGUAAAAAGCUUUCUAAAAUUGACCAAGUAUAGAAUCUAAGUGAGGAAUAACUUAUUUAAGAGGAUCAGUAUGAUUCAAAUGACAAAAAGAAUAAUUAUUUUGAUUAAAUUUUGAGUGAAGAAUUUACAUAAAAUAAUAGCCUUAUUUCAACAAUUAAGUAUAAAUCGCCAAGAUAAGACGAAUUUAGUGAUAUUUAUGAGUUUUAAGAUAAAAUAGAAGAAAUUAAAUAGACAUCUUUGAUAGAAAUCAAUUAAAAACUAAAUGAUAAAGGAAUACCUUACUAAUGGGAUGAAUUUAAUAGUAUAGAUAUGCAUUUAUGCUCAAGAAAUGUUCCAGAGUUUAUAUGUUUAACUCUAACUGAUAAUGGCUUUGAUUAUCUUUGGGUAAGAGGAGGUUAUUGGUAAGAUGUUAGGUCAUAAAACACUCAAUAUGGAUUCUUAGAUAUAGUAAAAUAUUGGACUAAAUAAAAACAGAAAAUACAUAAAUUGAAAAAACAGGUAUCAUCACCAUAAAAAUAAUAGCAUAGUGAAGGUGAAAAAGAUUGA